AUGACCCAUAUAACAGAUUUACCAGAUGAAGUAUUAUUUCAAAUAUAUAAUUAUUUAGAAGUAUCAACACUUAAAGCAUUACAAUUAAUUCCUGAUUUUUCUGAAACUGUCAAAUAUUAUUUAUAUCGAAAUAGUUUAUAUUUAUUACGAAUAUGUGAUGAUCAAAUAAAUUCAUUAACUAAUAAAGAAAAACCUUUAGGUUAUGAAUUAUCAUUACUUGAUACCACCACCAAUAACAAUAACAGUAAUAACAACAAUGAAUCAAUGAAAAAACAUAUUUCCCAUUUCCGACAUUAUCAAGUUAAUUUACUGUUAAUUAAAUUUGAUAAUUUAUUGAAUAAAUUGGAUUGUUAUAAAGAUACGAUAAUUCAAGAUAUUUUCAAUCGUGAUAUUAGUAAUGGUAAUGGUAAUGGUAAUAGUAAUGGUAAUAGUAAUGGUAAUAGUCAAGGCCAAGUAAGUAUUAAAUUAUUAAUUCAAUUAAAUUAUUCAUUAAGUACGUUCAAUCAAGUGAAAGAUUGUUUGGUUAAUAUGGAUAAAGUAUCAAAAUAUUUCAGUAAUAAUGGUAAGAAUAGUAUUACUAUUGAUUUAGAAUUGAAUAGUCAUGAUAAAUAA